CUGGUAACAAUCUAAAUCUAUCUAAAGCAGAUAAGGAUAAUGUCGGAGGAGCAGCCAAGCUACAAACUAAUCUACUUCAAUUCUCGAGGCAGAGCCGAACACAUCCGCUACAUAUUGGCCUACGCCGGGGUGGAUUACAUCGACGAAAGAGUACCAAAGGAGCGCUGGCCCGAGUUGAAAAAAUCGAUGCCGUUCGGGCAGUUGCCGGUCCUGGAGGUCGAUGGUCAGCCGAUUCCCCAGAGUAACGCCAUCGCCAGAUACCUCGGGCGCAAGUACGGACUCGCCGGGAUUGACGAGUGGGAAUCGAUGCUCUGCGACAUCCUCGUCGACAGCCUCGGGGACCUCAGACAGGAACUAUUGCAGUUUCAAAAGGAGGAGGAUCUAUUUAAGAAGGAAGAAAAGAAGGCGAAAUUCGUAAAAGAAACGAUACCCUUAUUCCUGAGUAAAUUUGAACAAACCAUUGGUAAAAAUAAUGGUUACGCUGUGGGUUCAACAACGACGUGGGCCGACCUUGUAUUCGCCGUUGCCCUCGAGAACUUCGAGCAGAUGUUCGGCCCGGCUGCCCUCGAGAGCUAUCCGGCCCUGAGGAGCCUCAAGCAGCGCGUCCACGGCAUCCCGGCGAUCAGCGAGUGGAUCGCAAGACGACCCCACACGAACUCUUAAGGUGACAAUGCGGUCACGGCCGCUUCACAGGCACAACAAUGCUAACUGUCGAUACAUAUCCCGGGACAUGUAAUUUCUGUAAUUUUCGUUAAUCCUUCAGCCGCGAGCUAAUACGUAGAGACGGAAGUUAAGCAAAUGCUCGCCUCGCAAUCCCCCCCCCCCC